AGCGGGUAUUUAGACUAAGUGGAAAGAGCACGUUGAUUCGACUGUCAUCAAAGCAAUAUUGAUCAAAAUGGGCAAAUUAAACGUGACAAUGCUUCGAUACUUAUCGAAGGAAGAUUUUAGAGUACUUACAUCGGUUGAGAUGGGUAUGAAAAACCACGAGCUUGUUCCUUCCCCAUUGGUGGCUUCCAUAGCACAUCUUCAUGGUGGUGGCUGUCACAAGGUUCUCAGAGAGCUUAACAAACACAGACUUGUGGCUUAUGAACGUAGUGGCCAAAGAUUUGAGGGAUACAGAUUAACAGUAUCGGGCUAUGACUAUUUGGCACUAAAAGCUCUAGCCAACAGAGACGUUAUUUACUCUCUUGGAAACCAGAUCGGUGUGGGCAAAGAGUCAGAUAUUUACAUUAUAGCAGAUGCAGAAGAUCAUCAAUAUGCAUUAAAACUUCACAGGUUAGGAAGAACCUCCUUCCGACAGCUAAAAAACAAACGAGAUUAUCACAAACACAGGAAUAAUGUGUCCUGGCUCUAUCUUUCACGUCUUGCUGCAAUGAAGGAAUAUGCUUACAUGAAGGCGCUGUAUGACAGAAAGUUUCCAGUUCCCAAACCAAUUGACUUUAACAGACAUGCAGUGGUAAUGGAGCUCAUCAGUGGCUACCCCUUGUGCAACGUUAAGAGUGUGGCUGACCCAGCUCAAAUGUACCAUGACUGUAUGGAACUGAUUGUGAGACUGGGGAACUGUGGGGUAAUCCAUGGGGAUUUCAAUGAGUUUAAUUUGAUGAUUGAUGAUGAUGGACAUGUUACCAUGAUUGAUUUUCCACAAAUGAUUUCCACAUCUCAUCUAAAUGCAGAAUGGUAUUUUGACAGAGACGUGAAUUGUAUCAGAGAUUUUUUUGUGAGAAGAUUCCAUUAUGAGAGUGAACGUCAUCCAAAAUUUUCUGAUUUGAGAAGAGAUGAUGACUUAGAUGUGGAAGUAUCAGCUAGUGGUUUUACAAAAGAAAUGGCACAAACAUUUGAUGAGGCUGCUGAGGAAUAUAACAUCAGAGGAGGACCUGAAAAUCCCAAAACAGUGGAUUCAGAUGAGGACUCUGAUGAUGCAGAGGACUCUGAUGAUGCUGACAAUGAUUUAGAUGAGACAGAACAAGUGUCACAAGAGCUGACGACAGCUCCUGCUGAGGAUAGAUUAAAUCCUCCUGUAAGCGACAUGUCAGCAACAGGUCACACUGAUGAUAAUUCAGAAGGUGGAAAUGACAGAGUGAUUGGUAAUGUUGUCAGUGCCAAAGAUGAGGACAGUGUGAGUGGUAGUGACGAGGAAGACCUUGAGGACCUACGUGAUCAAAAUAGGACUUUGAGACCGUUCAGAAAUGAAGAAAGCCUCACACACACCAAUUUACACAGAAGGAAACAUCUAGACAGUACAAGUGUUAGUGUUGCCAGUACAACAAGUAGUAUGGACCCUAGACUUGUCAAAGAGAAAGUAAAACAACAGAUGAAAAAGAAAGCUGCUGUAAAGGAAGCUAGGAGGAUACGAAAGAGUGGAGAGUCUGCAAUAAUUACCAAGAAACAGAGGGACAUUUCCCAAGAUAUCAAGCAGAGUGUGGAUGCUGGCUGGUAUUAAUAUUGAUGUGAAGUUCUUUUAACAAUGCAGGGGGGGGGGGGGGAUAAUUUUCUUUGAGACAGUUACUAUAAUUUCAACUCAAGUUGGUAUGUAGAGUACUGAUAUAGCCCUAUUCUUUAAAGUAAAUAGGAUUUUCUUUUUAAUUUAAAAAAACACACCAGUAAUUACAUUAUUAUGCUGUGAUAGGUGUAACUGUCAAUAUUAAAUCAAUGAAAUAGGAUAAA